CUUCCUACCAAAAAUAUGCACUCAAAUGAAAUUGCUUCAGAAUUGUCUAUAAUUAAUAGUUCAACACCAGAAGUAUUUACCAAGAAACUUAAUAAAGAAUCAUCAUCUGAAUCCAUGGAGAGUACAGAAAAAUCCAUAACUACAAGUACGACUCCCGGCAAGGAUGUACAAUCAAAUGAAAUCAGUUCAGAGAUAUCCAAUGAGAGCAAAGAAAAAUUACCAACUAAUGGAAAUGUAAACACCGAGUUCACUUCAAAACCACCAACAACUAUCAAAAAUUAUGAAGACAAUUCAGUUGGGCCAUUAACAACCAUAAAAAUUGAAAUACAUACCAAAAUAUCUACAUCGAAAAUAGUAAGCAACAGUUCCUGGUUUUUUAACUCAACACAAAAAAUGGAUAUUUCAAUGGAUUCAACACCAGAACUUUCUACAGAGCAUGAUGUUGAAAAAGUAACAAUGCCAGGAAUCGAAUCCAGUUCAGAAAAAGACACGCAAAAUAAUGACAAUUUUAGUACAACGCUCGAAAUUGAUUCUUCGCUUUCUACCGAUACAAAUACAGAAAUCUCAACAACAAUGAAAAUUCCUACAAUGAAUGGUAUUGAAACCUCGACAAUGGUUGAUGUAGUUUCUGAUUCAAACACAAUGCCAGAAAUUAAUCAAUUUAUUUCAACAGACAAAAAUAUUGAAGUGUCAACAACUUUCAGUGAAAGCCUUCAAAAUUUCUCCUCGGCUACACCAACUAAUAAUUUCGUUGAUACAACAGAAAAUGUUUUUACUUCAACUUUGAAUAAUGCUGCUAUACCAACGACUUUAAAUGAAAAUAUUCAAAAUUUUCCUAAGACUACAUCACUGAAUUUCGUUAUCACAACUGAAAAUACUGAAUUUUCAACUGAAAAAGAGAUACAAAAUUUCAACAAUAAACCAGCUACUGCCACAAGUCAGACAACAAUAAUUACAAAAACUCCCGAGAAAGGGCAUGAUGUAUUUUCCGAAUUAUCAACCAAAAUAAUGGAACCUACUCAAUCAUCCAAAAUUGAACCUGUUAAUACAAUCAAAAGUAAUAUUGAUGAUAUCCCAGAAAUUUCAACUGAAGAGUCCUUUGAUGUUACCACAAAUGUACCUGAAAUAUUGGUAACAACCGAUAAAAUUGAAAUACCUAUUCCAAAAACAUUAUUCAUUCACGAUUCUUCCACACAAACGACUGCCAGUUUAGAAGAAAUAAAUUCAAGCUUUUUAUCUACUGAAAGAAUGGAGCCGAAAGUAUUAGAUUUUUCGACUGAAAAUAUUCAAAACACUUCUGAAAAUUUGAUAUUAAAAAAAGAUUUGAAUGGAAAUACCUCCACACUAGAACUUUUGGAUAUAACUACUCCUUUUCAAUUUGAAACACUUUCUAGCGAUGCAAAAUCUGCAAAUCGUGUUCUGAAUGUAACUUCCGAAAGAUUUGAAAAUACAUCACCAAUUGAUCUAACGGUCGACUUACUCAAAAGCACGAGAGAAUCUGGAGACAAUGAACGGUUCAGGAAUAAUCCAAGUUCAUUUAGAAAUAACGAUGAUAAUUUAAGUCCAAGGCAACAAUUUGCAACCUCUGAAUCUGUGAAAACCAAUCAAGAAUUAAAAUUUAAUAUGCCCAAUGGCGGUGUCACAGCUGGAAACGUAAUAUGUUUUCCAAACCCACAGCAAUUUCCUGGAGGAAUAACAUUCCCACAACAAGAUCCAAAUCAAUCACGUCUUGACUUUUCUCCAAGGCUUGUAACACCUGGAUUUCCAACAUCUGGUUAUAGCCCAUAUACUAACUAUUAUUAUCCUAUGGGUUAUCCAAGUAUGUACCCAAACUAUGGUUAUUAUGGAAAUUCUGGUAAAGAUUCCUCAUUUACUAGUCAAAAUAACAACAAUUAUUUAAUGCCCCAAAUAUGUCAUAUGGUUAACUAUCCGCCAAUAUAUCCGAAUCAAAACGUUUUCCGAAAAUCACAAUCACAAUCUAGAACAUCUCAAAGUAACUUUAGGAAUGACUUAGAUGACAGUAUUAUCGGGGAUUCGAUAAACGAAUUCACAAAUAAUGAUGUAUUACUAGAAUGUAGUAGUGAAAAAGAAAUAGCCUGUCGUGACGGGUCCAAAUGCAUAGCAAAGACCCAAUGGUGUGACAGUAACAUUGAUUGUCCGGAUUUAUCUGAUGAGCUAAGCUGCAGCUGCAAACACCGCGUAGACAAGUCUCGGCUAUGUGAUGGAUUUUUUGACUGCCCAAAUGGCGAAGACGAAUUAGGAUGUUUUGGAUGCCCACAAAAUGAAUUUAGUUGCGACGAUUGGAAUAGACAUCAUGAUGAAGUCACGUGUGUUCCGCUUGAAAAACGUUGCGAUGGAAUUCAACAAUGUGUCACAAACGGAAAGGAUGAAAUGGAUUGUUCUUUAUUGGCAGAAUCUAUUUUUCAACAUCAAGCACACCUUGUUUCUUUAUCUCAAGGCAUUUUACAUCAUAAUUACCGUGGAGUUUGGUAUCCUGUUUGUAAUAGUGAUGACAAAUGGGCAAAUGAAGUAUGUUUAAGUGAAGUUGGAGGGCAUUUAGCUCCUCCAACUAUACAAACAAUCCCAAUCACUAGUCCAUAUACUGGAAACUUUAUCGAAGGCAUUCUACCCUCAGGAGAUGCUAGUCUGGUUAAAUUAUGCCAGGGCUUAACAUAUGUGGAAUGUCCAAAAAUUGAAUGUGGUACUCGAAUUUCUAUGGCAACUUUACGAAAUGAUGACGAAAAUGAUAUUUUACAAUUAAGUCAGGAAGAAAAUCUAUUCCGAUUAAAACGCCAAGAUGAACGUGUUGUUGGUGGGCAUGCAAGUAAACCAGCCGCUUGGCCCUGGGUAAUUGCCUUAUAUCGUGAUGGAGUAUUUCACUGCGGAGGUGUUAUCGUCAAUGAAAAUUGGAUUAUGACUGCAGCACAUUGUGUCGAUAAAUUUUGGCAGCAUUAUUAUGAAGUUCAAGCUGGAAUGCUUCGUCGAUUCUCAUUCUCUCCCAUGGAGCAGAUACGUUCCGUGGAGUAUGUAAUUGUUCAUCAAAGCUAUGACCGAUCCAGCAUGAAAAAUGAUUUAGCAUUGUUACGUUUACAUUCACCACUGGCUUUUAAUCGCUGGAUCAGAAAUAUUUGUCUGCCAAAUAUUAAAUCAGCUGGAGCUAAUUGGAGUUGGGGACCUUCUCCAGGGACUGCGUGCACAGCAGUUGGUUGGGGUGCCACUUUUGAACACGGACCAGACCCCGACCAUAUGCGAGAAGUGGAAGUUCCAAUAUUGGCAACAUGCAAACAUCGAUUAGAUCGAGAAGGUGCUGAGAUUUGUGCUGGAUUUGAAGAAGGGGGCCGUGAUGCAUGCCAGGGUGAUAGUGGAGGACCAUUGCUAUGUCUAAAUCCAAUCACUAAAAAUCAAUGGUUCGUAGCUGGUGUAGUCAGUCACGGAGAAGGUUGUGCCCGCCCAGAUGAACCAGGAGUUUAUACACGAGUUGCCAUGUUUAUUGAAUGGAUUCACCUAAAUAUAUUAGAAACUAGUUUCCCGCAACGUAAACCUUUAUCGCAUUGCCCAGGCAUGUCAUGCAUUCCAACUGGAGAAAAUAACAGUGGAAAAUGUUUAUCGCGUAGAAAAAGGUGUGACGGUGUUGUAGAUUGUCUAACCGUUGAGGAUGAAUUAAACUGUCAAGAUAAAAAACAAUUGUCCAAAAUUUCACGUCAAACAUGGGAGUCUUUAUUAAUGGCAAAAUAUUCCAAAAAACCGGAUGAAAAUUUAUUAAAAUCACCAGAGCCUGCUAUCAAGGAAAAUAAAAUGAAAAGUAAUCCCAGUGAUAUUGUUGAAGAUUAUGUUGAUGACACUUUCAUGGUGAGUCAGGCUAACAUUAUUUCCACAACAAGUCAAUUGGACGAAAAUCUAAGCGCAACUGUAAUAACUUCAACAAAUGAACCUGUAAGAGAAACAUCAAUAGUUUUUGAAGACAGUUUAACGGUACAAAUAUCAACUUCAAAACCAGAAAACGCAUCCGAAAUUGUUCCUACCCCAGAUUCAGCUAGCCAAAUAUUAUUUGAAAAUGAGGAAGAUAUUACAAUUCCAAUUCCUGUUAAUCUUAUUAAAAAAUCAUACUUCCAAUGCAAAAGAAUACUACAAAAUGUACCAAUUGAUAAAAAAUGUGAUAAACACAUUGAUUGUGAAGAUGCAACCGACGAAAAAGAAUGUACCUGUAAAGAUUUUCUCCAAAAAUCUCAUUCCGAAGCUAUUUGUGAUGGGAAUUUCGAUUGUGCAGAUGGAACGGACGAAUCUAAUUGCUAUUCUUGUCCAAUUAAUUACUUUUUCUGUGAAAAAAGCUUACAAUGCAUCAAAAUGACUUUACGAUGUGAUGGAAAAUCUGACUGCCAGUUUAAUGAAGAUGAAAAAGAUUGCGUUUUACUUACUAACGCCAAAAAUAUUUACAUUCAUAUUGACGGAAAACCAAAAUUGGAAAAAUCUGGAUACAUUACAACAUUAAUUAAUUCGACAUGGCAGCCAUAUUGCAAUUAUAAUUUGGAAAAUAAAAAUGCAACCGCUUUAGCAAUCGAUGUUUGCAAUAAUUUGGGUCAUACAUCGUUUUAUGAUCAUUUUAUCCGUGACAUACAUUAUACUCCGAUAGAAUUGAUUUAUUCAAAUGGAACUAAAGUUUCUGAUUCAAACAUCAACAUGCCUCUGGAUCAUACAUCGAAAAAUUGUAAAGCAUUAUUUGUACGUUGUCAUAUUGGAAUUUUUACCAAAUUAUCUGAUUUGUAUUUGGGAUCAAACAAUCGUUCGUUAAGAAGCUAUGAAGAAAACAAUGAUUAUUUUUGGCCAUGGAAUGGAAUAAUUUAUGUAGAUGGUGUAGCUAAAUGUACAGGAACGUUAAUUAACGUAAAUUGGAUAUUAUCAUCACAAUUUUGUAUUGAUGAAAUAACAUUGGAGAAUAAUUAUAUAAUUAUCGUUUUUGGAACUGGAAAGGGAUAUUUGGAUAUUGAAAAUCCUUAUGAGCAAAUUCGUCGAGUGAAUUAUAUCUCCAAUUUUGCAAAUAUUUCCUUAAUGCAUUUAGAAACACCAACGAAUUACUCACGAUUUGUAAAGCCUUUACCAAUAAAUACAAAAGUUAGUGAAUCGUUAUCCAAGGAUAUUUGCGUGACUGUUGGUAUUGAUAAAUAUUUUAAUAUGUUAAAACCAAUAUUUUUAAAACCCAUUUCCCAAAAUUGUGCGGCAAAUCAACGUUGUUUUAAGCAAAUUCAAAAGCCUAAUGACUGUUCAAAUUACACAUAUCCAUGGAGUGGAACGGUUGUUUGUUUUUCACAAAUUUCUGGCUGGUAUCCAUCAGCAAUAUAUCAUGAGCCAAAUGGUCCUUGCUCGUUUAUAUUUACAAAAAGUUUAACUAGCAUUAUUUCAUCAAUGAAUUUGAUAGUACAACAAUUACGAACAAAAUUAACUAUUAGCGAUUCACCAUCAUGCACUGGCUUACGUUGCCCCCUAGGCCAAUGUGUUGAAACUAAUCAAAUAUGUGAUAGUACAACAGACUGCCGUGGUGGAUAUGAUGAAACAAUCGAACGAUGUGAAUCACGCCAUCUCUUCUGUGAAAAACAAACUUGUGAUUGUACCCCAGAUGAAUACAAAUGUAAAAAUGGACAAUGUGUACAUAAGUCUAAAUUUUGCGAUGGCAUUUCUGAUUGUUUGGAUCGUAGCGAUGAAACCGAAACUUGUGCUUGCAGCGAUUACUUAAAUCAAACAUUACCACACUUAAUUUGUGAUGGAAUACGGAAUUGUUUAGAUAAAUCUGAUGAAAAAAAUUGUAUGUGUACACCAAAAUCAUUUAAAUGUGAUGAUUCAAAAUGUAUUCUCCAAGAAUUUGUUUGUGAUGGUGAACGUGAUUGUACCAAUGGUGAAGACGAAAAAUAUUGCCUCGCCUUGAAGCAUAACAAAGAACAUGAUCCAUUAGCCAGCGGUGAAGUUUAUAUUCGAUCAUCAGGUUUAUGGCAUGUCAAAUGUUUCCCAAAAUCAAAUAUUACACAAAUUGAAAUCGAAAAUAUUUGUAACAAAGUAGGUUUUGUGAACGGACGUCGUAUUCCAUUGGAAAUUUCUGCAACGUCAUCAGAUGGCGAACGUGUUAUACAAGAACCUGCAUUUGAUAAAUUUCAAGCGAUACGCUUAAACAAAAUCAAAAUUUUAUAUGCCCGUUUGGGUUCGAAUACCCGACCUUUUGCGAAUUUAAAAUAUGUUAAAAAACAAUGUAAUAUUGUUAAUGUAAUUUGUGAAUAA